GCCAGGCCCCUAAUCUGCCAUGGGCCCCUAUACCGCCCUCCUCAUGCUGCUGCCAGGUCCACAGUCUCUCUGCCAUGUGCCACUUUCAGGUCUCCGCACACUGUGCUGUGUUGUUGAAUUUUUUUGCUUAGGGUGAUCUGGCAUUACGGGCCUCCCCAUUGCUGCUGCCAGGCCCCUAAUCUGCCAUGGGCCCCUAUACCGCCUCCUCAUGCUGCUGCCAAGUCCAGAGUCUGUCAUGGGUCCCUGUACGGCCUCCCAUUGUGCUGUCUCCAUCGCCACACUCUGCCAUGUGCCACUUUCAGGUCUCCUCACACACUGCUGGUGUGUUGAAUUUUUUG